GGGAAACUCUCAUAUAAUCACGCUCCGCCCACCGUUAGUUCUUCACAAAAAUAUCAAACGACCAAAAUAAAACAACCGUUGACCGUCAAUCCUUCCUCCGCCGGCCUUCUCAGAAUAUCAAAUCCUUCUCACCCCACUUUGUACGGAUUCACAAAUCACAACAAUCCCUCUCUCUCUCUCUCACACAUAACUUCCAUUUGACGGCAUAGGAAGAAGCGAAGAGUAGAAGGAAGGUAGGAAGAAGAAGAAGAAGAAUCGAAAAGGAAGAAGAUUGGGCAAUACCCAGUUGAAAAAACGUGAGAAAUUUCUGCAUUUGUACUACUAGAAGCAAUAAAUAUUCAUUUUUGUUGAUACCCAGAACAGAAAAAGGGCAAAAGCGAUAUUUUCGGGGCUUGUCCGAUCCACUCUUCAAAAGCUUUUAGGGUUUCUCAAUCAUUGCUUCCGACAAAAUCUCUUGAGUUUCGUUCUUCAAUAUCUUCCGAGGGUUUUGAUCUGGUAAUUAUAGAGGGCUGUGUUCAAAGUUGGAACAAGUAUUGGUUUUGGGAUCAUUAGGGUUGGAGUGAAGCUGGGAUCGUGAUUUAAUUAAGUAAUUUUAAGCAUAUUGAAAGUAGAAAAAAGAGGAACAAUUUGCAAUUAUGAGAAAUUCUUGGGCAGACAUGGCUAGUUCUGCAUCUGAGAAUGCAGUUUCUGGUUCUUCUAACAAUAAUGGGCCUACGCGUCCUGCCCGACCUUCUUAUAUUCCACCACAUCUUAGGAACAGGCCACCUUCAGCAGAACUGCCUGCUUCAUCAUUCGCCGCUCCCUCAUCCAGCAAUGAUCGGCCUGGUUAUGGUGGACCUGCAGCUGGAUCUCGUGGGGGCAGUUAUAGGCCUGAUUAUCAGCGAUCAGGAUAUGGUGGUGGUGGUGCUCAUCUUGGUGGUGGCUGGAACAGCAGAGGUGGUGGGUGGGAUCGUGGGAGAGAGCGUGAGGUAAACCCAUUUAGUGAUGAUGACGAAGCAGAGCCUGCAUUUAAUGAGCAGGAAAGUACCGGCAUUAACUUUGACGCAUAUGAGGAUAUCCCGGUGGAAACAAGCGGGAGCAACGUACCGCCGCCUGUGAAUACAUUUGCAGAGAUAGACUUGGGAGAGGCUCUCAAUCAAAAUAUUCGUAGAUGCAAAUAUGUUAAGCCAACUCCAGUUCAACGUCAUACAAUCCCAAUCUCUGCAGCAGGGCGGGAUUUGAUGGCUUGUGCACAGACUGGAUCUGGCAAGACUGCUGCUUUCUGCUUCCCAAUUAUUAGUGGAAUUAUGAAGGGACAGUUUGCACAGAGACCACGGAGGGCACGUACUGUGUAUCCACUUGCUCUUAUUCUUGCUCCCACAAGGGAGCUCUCAUCUCAGAUACAUGAUGAAGCUAGAAAGUUUUCAUAUCAAACCGGUGUCAAGGUGGUGGUUGCAUAUGGGGGAGCACCAAUCAAUCAACAGCUGCGGGAGCUGGAGAGAGGAGUUGAUAUUCUUGUGGCAACUCCUGGAAGAUUGGUCGACCUGCUUGAAAGGACUAGAGUGUCAUUGCAGAUGAUAAAAUAUUUGGCUUUAGAUGAGGCAGAUCGAAUGCUGGAUAUGGGUUUUGAGCCUCAAAUAAGGAAGAUAGUGGAACAAAUGGACAUGCCUCCACGAGGUUUAAGGCAGACUAUGCUAUUUAGUGCCACUUUUCCAAAAGAGAUACAGAGACUGGCAUCUGAUUUUCUUUCAGAUUACAUAUUCUUGGCUGUUGGAAGGGUUGGUUCAAGUACCGAUUUGAUUGUUCAAAGAGUUGAAUUUGUUCUUGAGUCUGACAAGAGAAGCCAUCUUAUGGACCUUCUUCAUGCUCAGAGAGCAAAUGGAGUUCAGGGCAAGCAAGCUUUGACUUUAGUAUUUGUGGAAACAAAGAAGGGAGCUGACUCAUUAGAACAUUGGUUGUGCAUGAAUGGGUUUCCUGCAACUACUAUUCACGGUGAUAGAUCACAGCAGGAAAGAGAAAUGGCUUUGAGAUCAUUCAAAAGUGGGAAGACACCAAUUCUAGUGGCAACGGAUGUAGCAGCACGUGGCUUGGACAUACCUCACGUCGCACACGUGGUCAACUUUGACCUCCCUAACGACAUUGAUGAUUACGUGCACAGGAUAGGACGAACUGGACGAGCAGGCAACACGGGAUUGGCCACGGCGUUCUUCAAUGAGAGUAACGCCUCAAUGGCAAGGCCAUUGUCUGAGUUGAUGCAAGAAGCAAAUCAGGAAGUGCCCCCAUGGCUCACCCGUUAUGCUACACGACCCUAUGGUGGGGGCAAGAAUCGGCGGUAUGGAGGUGGGGGCGGGGGUCGUUUUGGCGGCCGAGAUUUUAGGAGGGAGGCAUCUUUUAACAGGGGUGGCGGCAGUGGUGGUGCAGAUUUCUAUGGAGCGAACAGUAGUGGUGGAUAUGGGGCUCCUGGAAGUUAUGCUGGCGGAUAUGGUUCAGGGGGAUCUGGUCCAGGCGUGACCAGUGCUUGGGAUUAGCGUGUCUACUAUUUACACUCUUUAUUUGUUUUCUUGUAGUAUAAAUUUUCUUCUGAAUCAAUGGAUCAUUGUUAUUAUUGUUUUUGGGUAACCCUUUUGCUUUGCCCCUAAAAAGAAAAUGUUGAAGCAUUUCCUUAGCAAAUGCAUGCAUGUAUAUGAUCCAAAGAGGUUGGUUAAUAAGCAAUGUGGGCAACACACCUUUUGAAUCUGCCCUUGAUUGUUGGACAAA